AAAAAAAAAAAAAAAAAGUAAACCUUACUUCGUACCUACUCGCCUGUCGAGCCCAAUCCUUAUCCUUCUUCCCAAUUCAACUUUUCAAGAACGAAUUUUAGGAUUGCGCCGUACCUCUUUUCACAAUGGCGACUAACAAUACGGAAGUUGAGGCUGCUGAGCAGAAGCUCAAGGGCAUGGCCCAUUCUGAGCAGCAUUAUUUCAACAGCUACAAUCACCACGGAAUACACGAGGAGAUGUUGAAAGAUGAAGUCCGCACAAAGUCCUACAUGAAUGCCAUUGUGCAAAAUAAGCACCUUUUCAAGGACAAGGUCGUUCUUGACGUUGGUUGCGGAACUGCUAUCCUCUCCAUGUUCGCUGUCCGAGCUGGAGCAAAGCACGUUAUUGGUGUCGAUAUGUCAACCAUCAUCUUCAAGGCUAAGGAAAUUGUCAAAUGCAAUGGCAUGGAAGACAAGAUCACUCUAAUUCAGGGCAAGAUGGAAGAGAUCGAAUUACCCUUCCCGCAAGUCGACAUCAUCAUCUCAGAGUGGAUGGGCUAUUUCCUUCUCUACGAGAGCAUGCUCGAUACUGUUCUAUACGCCCGUGACAGGUACCUUGCUAAGGAUGGAUUGAUCUUCCCCGACAAGGCCACCAUCUUCGCAUGCGGUAUUGAGGAUGGCGAGUACAAGGAUGAGAAGAUCGGAUUCUGGGACAACGUCUACGGAUUUGAUUACACUCCGCUCAAGGAGACUGCUCUCGCUGAGCCCCUGGUUGACACAGUUGAAGUUAAAGCCGCUGUAACUGACCCCACUGCUGUCUUGACUCUUGACUUGUACAAGUGUACCACGGCCGACCUUGCCUUCUCCAUCCCCUUCAAGCUCACCAGCCGACGCGACGAUUUUGUGCAUGCCCUAGUAGCAUGGUUCGAUAUCGACUUCACGGCAUGCCACAAGCCGAUCCGUUUCUCUACUGGUCCCCAUACAAAGUACACACACUGGAAGCAGACGGUUUUCUACCUAAGCCACGUCCUCACCGUUCAGCAAGGCGAAGAGAUUAGCGUCAAGCUAGACGUGAAGCCUAACGAGAAGAACCGCCGAGAUCUUGAUAUCAAGAUUGACUAUCUACUCGACACGCAAGACGCUACACGAUACGUUGAGGGAUCCUCCGAGUACAAGAUGUGCUAAAGAAGACUCAUUUGAGAGAGAUUUCAAAUGCUUUACUGUCUUUAUAGAUGUAUAAGACGAACCGACGAGCAUCUUUCCAAUGGAUAGAGGCCGGUCUAACGAAAGACUUGCUACUAACUAGUAAUUGCUUUACUUAACUUGCAUACCACAUAAUCGCAUGGCGACUGGUCUGAAUGGCGUUGAGAGGUACAAAAUCCGCCCUUUAGUCUAGGGCUCGGGAGGAAGACGGAUGGCCGAUUACCAACAAAUGGAAGGGAUAUAUGGGGGGUAAUUGCGAUGACUGAUGAAGAUUACGAUACACUGUAACUCCUACACGUCCCUCAAGAUACCACGAUAGAGUAGUGAUGAUCUAGAGGUUGAUGGGUCAGUCAAUACCCACACCGUUACGGCAAAUUAGACAGGUUUAACAAAAUUUCCUGCAUUCUGCCCACACUUCUUUGUUGUCUAUGAAAAAUAAUCGUUUCUGUAUUGUUUCUUAGUGACUGGGCUUCUUAAUAUAACGGUGACGAGUUUCUAUUGAACCGGUUAUGCAGGUCUCUGACGGAGCGGUAAGGUGCAGUAAAUGUUUGCUGUGCAGCAUGCCGCUUGGUAUAUAAAUUGUACCCAUAGCGGGCAGAUUACAGGGUCUUCUUUCAAGAAUUAAG